GAAGAGUACCUGUUCAGGUGGACCAGGACGACUCGUUAGAAGAACCAUCAUGGCACUCCAAUGGGUGAAGCCGUGGAUCGCUCUGCUCUUCGGACUAUCUGCUGCACAUUCUGAGACUGUUAUGAUUCCAGACAUGACUUCCAUUGGGAGUCUAUAUGAUUCCAAACUGCAAAUCGUAUCAGCAGGAGUGAGUCCCACUCAUAACGGGCAGGUCUGCAGCACAUGGGGUAACUACCACUACAAAACCUACGAUGGAGACCUCUUCCAGCUGCCCUACACCUGUAACUACGUGCUGUCGUCAUUGUGUAAGAGCAGCAGCGGCUACGAGGCCUUUAACAUUCAGCUGCAGCGCGGGGAGGUAGAUGGGCUGCCCACCAUCACCAAGGUUUCUUUGAAGCUGGAUGGAACCUUCGUGGAGCUGGCCAACGGUAACGUCAGCGUCAACGGAUUACAGGUCACCAUACCGUUUGGUCAGUUUAACGUCUUCAUUGAGAGGACCGUUUCCUAUGUGAAGAUCACAGCUAAGCUGGGGUUAGUCAUCAUGUGGAAUGAAGAUGAUUCCCUCUGGGUGGAGCUGGACUCAAAGUUCCAGAAUCAGACAUGUGGGCUGUGUGGAGACUUCAACGGAGUCCAGAACGAGUUCAAUAGGAAUGAUGAUGAUCUGAAGAUAAUCGACUAUGCUGAUAUUUGGAAGAUGAAUGGCCCAACAGAAACCUGUACAGAAAUCCCUGUUCACACUGAGCAGUGUGAAGACCAGACCAAACUUUGUGAACAGCUUCUCACCAGUCUUGCCUUCAGUAGCUGUAAGGACCUGAUUGCCACAGACUCCUUCAUCAAGGCCUGUGCAGAAGACAUGUGUCACUGUGGCAACAGCAGCAGCAGUGUCACCUGCGCCUGUCCCACCAUGUCAGAGUACUCCCGCCAGUGUGCUCACGCAGGGGGGAAACCCCAGGAGUGGAAGACCGACCAGUUCUGCUUGGAGACGUGUCCUGUAAGCAUGCAGUACCAGGAGUGUGGUAGUCCCUGCACUGAUACCUGCUCCAACCCAAUGAGGAACCAGCAUUGUGAGGAACACUGCACCGACGGAUGCUUCUGCCCUGCUGGAACCGUGUUUGAUGACAUCACUCAGACUGGCUGUGUAGCUGUGAACCAGUGCUCUUGUCUCCACAACGGACAAUCUUACCAGCCUGGACAAUCAUUCUCAAGAACAUGCCACAAAUGUACCUGUAUCCAAGGCCAGUGGAGUUGUAUGGAUCUAGAUUGCCCUGCUACCUGCUCCAUAGUGGGAGGUUCCCACAUCACCACCUACGAUGGGAAUGCCUACACCUUCCAUGGAGACUGCUCAUAUGUCCUGUCCAAGCAAACCAACGAGACUGCUUUCACAGUCCUGGGUGACAUAGUGAAAUGUGGGAAGACGGACAUUGAGACCUGCCUAAGAUCUGUAACCCUGGUGACUCCAGAGUCCACGAUGAUCGUCAUCGAUGCCAGUGGAAGGGUCUUUGUCAACAAGAUGUUUUCUCAGAUGCCGCUUUUCAUGGCUGAUGUAAGGGUCUUUCAGCCCUCUACGUUCUACAUCGUUGUGCAUACCUCUUAUGGGCUCCGUCUAGAGGUCCAACUAACACCUAUAAUGCAGGUCUACAUCGUAGCUAGCAGUUCACAAAAAGAAAAAACCCAGGGUCUUUGUGGAGACUUUAACGGUGUCCAAGCUGACGACUUCAGAACCAUCAAUGGACUCGUGGAAGGAACCGCUGUGACGUUCGCCAACACUUGGAAGACCAAAGCAAGCUGUCCUGAUGUGGCACAGAACUUUGAGAUCCCAUGCAGUCUGAGUGUAGAGAACGAGAGAUAUGCCAAGCACUGGUGCUCAAUGCUGUCAGAUAGUAAAGGAAUAUUUUCCCAAUGCCACACUGAGAUCAACCCAAAUUACUACAAGGAAAUCUGUGUAUUUGACAGUUGUAACUGUGAGAGGAGUGAGGAGUGCAUGUGUGCUGCGGUCUCCUCAUACGUCCAUGCAUGUGCUGCUGCAGGCGUCCUGCUCAGUGGAUGGAGAAACACCACCUGUGGGAAAUACUCCUCCAGCUGCCCUGACACGAUGGUCUAUGACUACACCAUGACCAGCUGUGACCGCACCUGUCGUUCACUGAGCCAGACAGACUUCACCUGCCAGUUAGACCAUGUGUCUGUGGACGGCUGUGGCUGUGCCGAGGGAACCUACCUGAACGACCAGGGAGAGUGUGUCCCUGCCUCUCGCUGCUCCUGCUACAAUGGAGGCACAGUAGCCCCUGGAGAGGUCACCAGGAUCUAUGGGGCUACAUGCUCUUGCAGACAAGGGAAAUUAAGCUGUACUGGAGAACAACAACAUUUAUCCUGUGAAGAACCAAUGGGUUUCUUCAACUGUUCUAGUGCAGGGCCCGGAGCCAAGGGCUCAGAGUGCCAGAAGAGCUGUCAAACACUAGACAGUCACUGUAUCAGUGCAGAGUGUGUGUCAGGCUGUGUAUGUCCUGAUGGUCUGCUGUCUGAUGGAAAUGGAGGAUGCAUCAAGGAAGACCUAUGUCCCUGUUCUCACAAUGGAGUCUACUACCAACCUGGACAUGUGCUCAAAGUAGACUGCAAUACCUGCACUUGCGAAGGCAGAAAAUGGCAGUGUACCGAUAAGCAGUGUGAUGGGAUGUGUGCCAUAUAUGGAGAUGGGCAUUUCAUCACUUUUGAUGAGAAAAGGUUCACUUUCAAUGGAGAUUGUGAAUACAUACUUACUCAGGACUACUGCAGCAACAAUCCAAAAGGUACCUUUAGAGUGAUCACAGAGAACAUUCCCUGUGGAACCACCGGCACCACCUGUUCCAAGGCCAUCAAGCUCUUCUUGGGGAGCAAUGAGAUCAUACUUGCAGAUGAAUCUGUAAAAGUGAUCAAACAAGAGAACGUGGUUGACGUACCAUACCAGGUCCACUCUAUCGGUCUCUAUGUUGUUGUUGAGGCUGAAAAUGGCCUGAUCCUCAUGUGGGACAAGAAGAAUAGCCUGUUCAUCAAACUCAGCUCUACCUUCCAGGGCCAAGUGUGUGGUCUGUGUGGUAACUAUGAUGGUAAUGGAAAGAACGACUUCACGUCCAGAAACCAGGAAGUGGUUGUUGAAGCUCUGGAGUUUGGGAACAGCUGGAAAGUGUCACCCAGUUGCCCCAACGCUGAUGUCAUAAAAAAUCCAUGCACUUUAAGAUCAUACAGGCAGUCCUGGUCUCUGAAACGCUGCAGCAUCAUCACCAGUAACGUUUUCUCAGCCUGCCACUCACAGGUGGACCCCACGCCAUUCCAUGAUGCCUGUGUGAGGGACUCGUGUGCCUGUGACACUGGGGGAGACUGCGAAUGUUUCUGUACAGCUGUAGCAGCCUACGCCCAGGCCUGUAACGAGGCAGGGGCUUGUAUCAAGUGGAGAACACCAGAUAUCUGCCCUCUGUUCUGUGAUUUCUACAACCCUAUUGGUGAGUGUGAGUGGCAUUAUAAUCCGUGUGGAUACCCCUGUAUGAAGACCUGCAAGAAUCCCUCAGGAACAUGCUCCAGUCAGAUCCCUGCACUGGAAGGUUGCUAUCCAAAAUGUCCUUUGGCCCAGCCUUAUUUGGAAGAAAGUACCAUGAAGUGUGUCAGUAAGAAGGACUGUGGUUGCUACGAUGGAGAUGGAACUCAUUACAACGAGGGAGAGGUUAUACCUUCCAAGGAGAACUGUCAUACAUGUCGUUGCUCAUCAACUGAGGUCAGAUGCAGCUAUGUGGUCCAAGCUUGUUAUUGUUUCUACAACGGCAGAACAUACCCUUAUGGAGCGACCAUAUAUCACACAUCUGACGGUGACGGGACCUGUAUUACUGCCACCUGCAAAGAGAAUGGAACAAUUGUCCGGAUUAUGAACCCCUGUCCCAGCACCCCAACUCCAACAACUACACCAAGUGUUACAACAACACAGAUAUCCACUCAAGCACCGACCACAUUUGUUUUCUCAACUCCUGCCACUACCCCAACAACAACAACAACCCCUACCGCUACCCCCACAACAACCCUUACCACUACCCCUACAGCAACCCCUACCACCUCCACAAGCCCUUCCACUACGCCCUCAACAACCCCUAUUUCACCAACAACCACUUCACCCACUACUACUCCACACUGCCUGACCAAGACUGUCUGUGAAUGGUCAGACUGGAUUAGCAAAUACUAUCCCUCUGUUGGGCCAGAAGGAGGAGAUUUUGAAACCAUAGAAAAUAUAAGGAAAUCUGGAAUUAAUAUUUGUAGCAAACCUAAGGAAGUAGAAUGCAGAGCCAAAGACAACAUCUAUGUUCCUUUGGCCGAACUAGGUCAAAAUGUUGAAUGCAAUCCCUCAGUUGGACUGAUAUGCCGUUACAACUCCAGGGCACCUACUACCUCUACACACAAGGAUCAAGGCAUCCCACCAAUAUGCAAGGCAACCAAUAUGCUACAACUACGAGAUCAGACAACAACAACAACCACCACAGAAAACCCAUCAACCACAGCAACAACUAAGUCAACGACUUCAUCCAUAACAACAAUAGUAACAGAGGAAGUUACAACUGGUCCAGGAUCAACAGCACCUACUACCUCUACCACAACAACAACAACCACCACAGAAAGUCCAUCAACCACAACUACCCCAACAACAAGAACAAUAACAGAAAGUCAAACAACAACAGAACGUCCAACAACAACAACAGAAAGUCCAACAUCAACAACAACAACUAUGUCAACAAAAUAUACCACAACAAGUGAAACAACAAAGGAAAUUACAACUGGUCCAGAACCAACAACAACCACAACAACCACUACACCACCACCAACAACAACCACAACAACCAUUACUCUGACAACAACCCCUUCCACUACGCCCUCAACAACCCCUACUUCACCAACACCCACUUCACCCACUACUACUCCACACUGCCUGACCAAGACUGUCUGUGAAUGGUCAGACUGGAUUAGUAAAUACUAUCCCUCUGUUGGACCAGAAGGAGGAGAUUUUGAAACCAUAGAAAAUAUAAGGAAAUCUGGAAUUAAUAUUUGUAGCAAACCUAAGGAAGUAGAAUGCAGAGCCAAAGACAACAUCUAUGUUCCUUUGGCCGAACUAGGUCAAAAUGUUGAAUGCAAUCCCUCAGUUGGACUGAUAUGCCGCAACAAGGAUCAAGGCAUCCCACCAAUAUGCUACAACUACGAGAUCAGAGUCAGAUGUUGUGUUGAUGUUUGUAGCAAUGAGACAACUACCACCUUAGAAAGGCCCACAACAACCAUUACAAGAUCAACAACUACCCCAACAACAAGAACAACAACAGAAAGUCAAACAACAACUACCCCAACUGUCUGUGAAUGGUCAGACUGGAUUAGUAAAUACUAUCCCUCUGUUGGACCAGAAGGAGGAGAUUUUGAAACCAUAGAAAAUAUAAGGAAAUCUGGAAUUAAUAUUUGUAGCAAACCUAAGGAAGUAGAAUGCAGAGCCAAAGACAACAUCUAUGUUCCUUUGGCCGAACUAGGUCAAAAUGUUGAAUGCAAUCCCUCAGUUGGACUGAUAUGCCGCAACAAGGAUCAAGGCAUCCCACCAAUAUGCUACAACUACGAGAUCAGAGUCAGAUGUUGUGUUGAUGUUUGUAGCAAUGAGACAACUACCACCUUAGAAAGGCCCACAACAACCAUUACAACAUCAACAACUACCCCAACAACAAGAACAACAACAUCAACAACUCCAUCCAUAACAACAAUAGUAACAGAGGAAGUUACAACUGGUCCAGAAUCAACAACUACCCCAACAACAAGAACAACAACAGAAAGUCCAACAACCACAACUAAGUCAACAACUCCAUCCAUAACAACAAUAGUAACAGAGGAAGUUACAACUGGUCCAGAAUCAACAACACCUACCACCACCACCACAACAACAACAACAACCACCACAGAAAGUCCAUCAACCACAACAACAUCUAAGACAACAACAUAUUCCACAACAAGUGAAUCAACAGAGGAAGUUACAACUGGUCCAGAAUCAACAACUACCCCAACAACAACAACAACAGAAAGUCAAACAACAACAGAACGUCCAACAACAACAACAGAACGUCCAACAACAACAACAGAAAUUCCAACAACCACAACUAAGUCAACAACUCCAUCCAUAACAACAAUAGUAACAGAGGAAGUUACAACUGGUCCAGAAUCAACAACACCUACCACCACCACCACAACAACAACAACAACAACCACCACAGAAAGUCCAUCAACCACAACAACAUCUAAGACAACAACAUAUUCCACAACAAGUGAAUCAACAGAGGAAGUUACAACUGGUCCAGAAUCAACAACUACCCCAACAACAACAACAACAGAAAGUCAAACAACAACAGAACGUCCAACAACAACAACAGAACGUCCAACAACAACAACAGAAAUUCCAACAACAACAACUAAGUCAACAACUCCAUCCAUAACAACAAUAGUAACAGAGGAAGUUACAACUGGUCCAGAAUCAACAACACCUACCACCACCACCACAACAACAACAACAACAACCACCACAGAAAGUCCAUCAACCACAACAACAUCUAAGACAACAACAUAUUCCACAACAAGUGAAUCAACAGAGGAAGUUACAACUGGUCCAGAAUCAACAACUACCCCAACAACAACAACAACAACAGAAAGUCAAACAACAACAGAACGUCCAACAACAACAACAGAACGUCCAACAACAACAACAGAAAUUCCAACAACCACAACUAAGUCAACAACUCCAUCCAUAACAACAAUAGUAACAGAGGAAGUUACAACUGGUCCAGAAUCAACAACACCUACCACCACCACAGAAAGUCCAUCAACCACCACAGAAAGUCCAUCAACCACAACAACAUCUAAGACAACAACAUAUUCCACAACAAGUGAAACAUCAGAGGAAGUUACAACUGGUCCAGAAUCAACAACUACCCCAACAACAAGAACAACAACAGAAAGUCCAACAACCACAACUAAGUCAACAACUCCAUCCAUAACAACAAUAGUAACAGAGGAAGUUACAACUGGUCCAGAAUCAACAACACCUACUACCACCACAACAACAACAACAACAACAGAAAGUCAAACAACAACUACCACAGAAAGUCCAUCAACCACAACAACAUCUAAGACAACAAUAUAUUCCACAACAAGUGAAACAACAGAGGAAAUUACAACUGGUCCAGAAUCAACAACUACCCCAACAACAACCCCCACUACUACCCAAAUAACAACCCCUACCAUUACCCCAACAACAACCCCUACCAUUACCCCAACAACAACCCCUACCAUUACCCCAACUACUACCACAACAACAACUCAGACGAGGACUACCUCUGAGGUUAUAACAACAGCCACCACCAAAGCAUCUACCACAACAACAGACUUCACUGUAGUCACAAAUCCACCAUACACAAAACCAACAGAAAAGCAAAUCUCAAACUUGACAAGACAGACAGAAGAAACUACUAUAUCAAACCCAACCACAACCCCUACCAUUACCCCAACAACAACCCCUACAAUUACCCCAACAACAACUCAUAUCACAACCCCUACUACUCCCCCUACCAUUACCCCAACAACAACCCCUAUCAUUACCCCAACGACAGCCCAUACCACGACCACAAGCCCUACCACGUUAUGUUUUUGCACGUACAAAAAUCUACAUUUCCCGGCUGGUUCCUUGAUAUAUAAUGAGACUGAUGGGGCAGGCUGGUGUUUCACAUCCUACUGUAACUCAAGUUGUGUUGUUGAGAAACAAGCCAGACCAUGUCCCUCUACGACCCCGGCUACAGUCAGCACUGUCUCAGCUACAGUCAGCACUGUCUCAACUACAGUCAGCACUGUCGCAACAACAACAGAAGCUACACAUUCUACAACAUCUACAUUGUCCCCGACUACACCUUACAAGGGCUGUGAAUAUGUCAUUCCACCAAGAAAGGAUGGUGAGACUUGGAAGACAGACAACUGCACUACUCAGACUUGCCACAGGGGUGUAAUUACCACCACGCCUGUGGACUGUAAGUCUGUAGAAAAGCCUGUGUGUGAAAAUGGAUACCCACCAGUGAAAGUCUAUGAAGAAUCAGGUUGCUGCUAUCACUACGAAUGUGAAUGUAUAUGCUAUGGAUGGGGAGACCCUCAUUACGUCACAUUUGAUGGCCAAUAUUACAGUUUCCAGGAAAACUGCACCUACGUUUUGAUUAAAGAAAUAGUUCCUCGACAGAACUUCAGUGUCAUCAUCGACAACUAUAACUGCGAUCCGUCUGGACAUGCGACCUGCCCUCAGUCUCUGAUUGUCAAUUACAAGUCCUAUAAAAUCGUUCUUACUCCGAAGAGAUUAAACGUGACAACAAAUAUGGUUUACAUCAAUGGAAAUCAGAUCUUCCCAACCUUUUCUAAUGAAGACCUCAUGAUCACCAGCACUGGGGUAGAGUUACUGUUGAAAAUCCCUGCCAUUAAAGCAACAGUGAUGUUUAAGUCCCUUAUGUUCAGUGUAACCCUGCCAGACUCCCUAUUCCACAACAACACAGAGGGGCAGUGUGGUACCUGUGACAAUAUCAGGAAAAACGAUUGCAGAUUACCGAAUGGAAAGAUUGACCCAUCAUGUCCUGGGAUGGCUCAUGAAUGGAAGAUUCCUGAUGUUAAAAAACCCUACUGUGAACGGCAACCCGUUAUCCUACCUACCCCCACGCCUCUAACCUGCCCGUCAAGAAAGACAUCAAUUUGUGACAUCAUACUUAGCCCGGUCUUUAAGCAAUGCCAUGAUGUUAUCCCACAACAACCCUUCUUCGAGGCCUGUAAGUUUGAUGUCUGCAACAUGCCAAAUAUCUCAAUCGGCUGCUCCAGCCUGGAAACCUACGCUGUGAGGUGUGCAGCAGCUGGAGUCUGUAUCGACUGGAGGAAAUCAACUAAUGGAACAUGUGAUCUGACAUGCCCUAAGACCAAAGUGUAUAAGGCAUGUGGCUCUACUAUCCAGCCAACAUGCAAUUCAAGAUACAAUGACAAAUAUGUGCAUCCAUGUCAAGGAGCACAAAUGAGCCGUGACGUUGUAUGUGACUCAUUCAUGGAGGGCUGUUUCUGCCCUGAGGGUACCAUCUUGUUCAACACAUUCUCUGACACCUGUGUUCGUGACUGUGGAUGCACAGGACCUGAUGGAAAACCCAAACAGUUUGGUGAGACUUGGUACAGUAACUGCCAGAAGUGCACGUGUAAUGCUGACACAAUGAGUGUCCAGUGUGAACCAGUGAAAUGUCCGCCCCAAGAAAUUGUUACCUGUAAGAAGUACGGUGAGGUGUUGGUCAACGAGACGGUGGACUGCUGUCAGAAAAAUACAUGUGUUCCCAAACCUGUUUGUGUCCACAACAAUACUGAAUACACGCUUGGUGAAAAUGUUCCCAACGGCACCUGUGAGGAGUGCAAGUGCGGUCCUAAAAAGGAUCCAGUCUCCAAGCUAUAUGUUGUUGAGUGUGCCCAAAUCAACUGUUACACCACCUGCCCAACGGGUUAUGAGUAUGAAGUCGUACCUGAGAAAUGUUGUGGAACGUGUGUACAGAAGGACUGUGUUGUCGGUCUCCCAGAUACCACGUCUCACAUCAUUCAGCUUGGGGAGUUUUGGUCGCCCCCUAGUGACCGCUGUGUGAAGUAUGAAUGCACGAAGACAAACAACCAGCUCAUCGUUGUGGAAUCCAAAUUUAAAUGCCCAGUGUUCCGUCCAGAGGACUGUGUCCCUGGAACUGAGAAAACUGAUGCAAAUGGAUGUUGCACAACCUGCACUUUAAUCAGUCACUGUGAUGUGAAGAACACCACCACCUACCUUGAGGUGAAUAACUGCAGGUCCUCUGUGCCGGUGGAAAUCUCAGCCUGCGGGGGAUCCUGUGGAACAUCUUCUAUGUACUCUGCAGAGAAAAACACCCUGAUGCACUCCUGCUCCUGCUGUCAAGAGAUGUCUACCAGUGAGAGGAAGGUGGAGAUGGUCUGCCCUGGUGGGAAGAAGAUCAUGCAGUCCUACAUUUACAUUGAUAAGUGUGGCUGCCAUGACUCUGAGUGUGACAAGAAGAACCACUUAGAUUAGGCCUUGACGAAUGAAGUCUUUUGAAGUGUUCUUAUUUACCUGCAUGGAAUAUUCAAUAGUUUUAUCUAAAGGGAACCAAUAGGGUCUGUCUCAUUAUCAUAUAGGCUACUUUCAUGAACUGCAUGUCCUUUCUCUCUACCUACACUAUCAUAGACAUAAUGCAAACCUAUUAAACUGAUGACGAAGCAUGAA